AUUGAUGUUGGGUGGGGCAAUAGAGGGAGGCGCCUACCCGGCUAUAGGCAGAAAACAUCAGUCUGAGCGUGCCAUUUGGAGAUGAAAGUUCCGAGCGCGUGCAUGGCUGCCUGACGGACUGAGAAGCACAGUCUGGGACUCUGGAGGGUGCGCGAGACAAUAAACGAAGUUGUUCUGGAAAUUUAUUUUCCAUCCUCUGAGCUGCAGUUGUCUCUGGCUGGAUUUCCACACAGAUCAAAAUGAUGACCAAACAUUUUGGGAAGAGUGACGUGAGCGAGUUGGUGAGUUCCCUCAGCUGGCUGGAGGAGGAUGGCAGCUCUCAGGAUGGAGAUGAAAGUCCUGAGAUGAGAGGUCGCCAUGACCUGAACGUGGGGGGCCGGAUCCGCUCCUACACAGAACUGGGUAGUGAGGACAUGGAGGAAGAAGAGGAGGAAGAUGACGAUCACGAGGAGGAAGUUGGGCCAAAUGGAGAGAAUGGCCCAAAAAGGAGAGGCCCCAAGAGGAAGAAGAUGACCAAAGCUAGACAGGAGAGAUUUCGUGCUCGGAGGGUCAAAGCCAAUGCCAGAGAGCGCUCUCGUAUGCAUGGACUGAACAACGCUCUGGAUAAUCUACGGAGAGUGAUGCCCUGCUACUCCAAAACACAGAAACUGUCAAAGAUUGAGACUCUUCGGCUUGCUCGUAACUACAUCUGGGCUCUGUCUGAGGUUCUAGAGAAUGGUCAGUCCCCAGAGAGCCAUGGGUUUGUGGAUAUGCUGUGUAAAGGCUUAUCCCAGCCCACCAGCAACUUGGUGGCUGGUUGUCUGCAGCUUGGACCUUCUCCUCUAAUUCUGAACAAGCUGGAGGACAAGUGUGGAGGCUCUGGAAUGAGUGAUGUGGUGGCUGGACAUCCCCUCAGCUACCCGUCACCAGGCCUCCCCAGCCCUCCUUAUGGCUCCCUGGAAGCUUCACACCUCCUUCACAUGAAAGGGCUGAAAGGGCCCACGUACGACAACCCCUCCCCUAAUGAGUGCAGCAGCGGCACCCCUCCAUACGACGGGCCCCUCACUCCCCCUCUCAGCAUCAGUAGUAACUUUGCCCUGAAGCAAGAGCCUUCUCCACACGACUCAGAGAGGAACUUCACGGCUCAUCCUGGCCACCACUACCUCUCAUCCCACCAUUACCCCACCUCCACGGCUGGCAGCUUACCAAGGGGGCCUCAGGCUCACCCGGUCUUUCAGGCAUCACGUUAUGAGCUGCCCCUGGAUGUGGCCUUUGACUCCUUCACCUCCUCUCACCUGAUUGCCUCUCAAAUAGGCACCAUUUAGGGAGUGAUAGCACCAGAAAGUGACUAAAGAGACAGAGACAACUACUUUUGUAUAAACUGCUGUAAAAUGACAACCCUUGAACUGAUUGUAUAGAAAAAUUUGUUUUUGAUUUAUGUUGUCGAGGUCUCAGAGAGCAGUGAAAGCUCAGAAAAGAGACUCAUUACCACAACACAGUCUACCUGAUGCAAAAUGCACCCGUUUUUAAAAAUUAUUUAUUCUUAUUUUGGAUUAUGUUAGUAAUUAGUCUCCAACUAUUUCUGAAUCUGCCAUCCCUCUCAGGUGUUAUAGAGGAAAAACAUGAUAUUCAUUUACUAAAUUAAAAUAGAUUUGAAUAAAGAUUAAAAAUGUCAAUGAACCCAAGAAUUAAUCCAAAAAUCACCCAUCUGAAAUUGUGCACUAAGGUCUACAGUCAACGUCCCGAGUUAUAUAAAGCAAUGCUUUUAUUUAUGUCUGUAUUUAAUAUUUAUUUUGAUAACUUUGCAUCUUUUUAGAAUAUUUUUCUUCUCAACACUGUUUGUCUCUCUGUACUUUGUUGCCAUUCCAUGGGCACUCUACUGUAUUUAUGCUAUUUAUUUUGAAGUCUUUCAGGUUCUUGUGUCACAGUUAUUUGUCAUGUUCUGUUAAUAUUUUGCUGUUUCGCACUUAAUUGAAUAAAUAGUCUUAUAUUAUAUA